AUGACACCUCUUGAGAUCAUCGGCCUCGUCAGCGCCAUCAUAACGUUCAUCGACUUCGCAGCCGAGAACGUUGGGGUGGCGAGAGAGAUCGAGCGGUCCGGAUCCGCUACAUUCAAAGACAAUGCCGACCUGGAGCGUCGCGUCAGACUCGUCGAGGAACACGUCACGGGUCUCAACACAAGGCACGUUGGUGCUGCGAGGGACGGAAAUGAGGCUCAGCUGCUGGAUCUUGUAGAGGAGUACAAGAAUCGCACGGUGCAGCUGAUGACCCUGUUGGCUGGGCUGAAGUCAACCAAGAAGCGCCACAUUUUAUCAAAAAUGGUCAAAGAUUUCCGAAAGAAGGAUGAAAAGGAAACACUUCAGAGGGACUUGGAUGAUUGCAGGUCCAGGAUCCAUUUGCAACUCACCCAGUUGACUAGAUCGGAACUGAGCCGCCGUCUCGAUGAGAUUUCUGCCCUGGGAUACAUCAACACAACUGAAGUGCAGCGUCUGGGCGAAAACAUCAAAGAACUGCAAUCAAAAGUAGAAUUGUGGAAAAAUGUGCCCGGUUUGGUGGAGAGUGCUCACCAAAUCCUAUCCCGCUCGAAAGAGGCCGUCGAACGCACUGCGCAGCGCUUGAUUUUGGAGAAACUUUAUGUUGGCGACAUGACGAAGAGGUUCGACGAGGUUGAACCCGCCCACGAAAAGACAUAUUCCUGGCUCCUGGGCUCGGAAACACCGUCAAGUAAUGAUUUCAAUUCAACCGAUGGGUCUGAACUGAGCUACAGCGAUGGAUCGAACGCUGAUUCUCAAGCGGACAUUGAGUCUCCUCAAAACAACGAUGACCACGAGUCUGGCCAUGAUCUGGCACGUUCGGACCCCGGCGGAGGAUUUGAUGCAAGGUCUGAUGAAGAAUCCGACGAGGAAUCCGACGAUGAAUCACAGGUGUCCUUGGAGCGAACAGAGGAAGAACUUCUAGCUCGACAAGGUCUGAUAGAUUGGUUAGCCCAUGGUGGCGGCAUUUAUCACAUCUCUGGCAAACCUGGAGCUGGCAAAUCCACACUAAUGAAAUACCUCUGUCAAAGCCCGGCCACGGCAGACUACCUCCACGACUGGGCCGGAGAAAAGACACUUAUCUCGGCGAACUUCUUCUUCUGGAAGCUCGGAACUACGGCUCAAAAGUCAUUGGACGGACUACGUCGGGCUCUGCUAUACUCGAUCAUGGAACAGGCACCCGCCCUUCUUGAAUCCGUACUACCAAAGCAGUGGGAGAUGGCCAAGCAAGGGAAGAUAUUCAACUUUCAAAAUUCCGAGAUUGAGUCGGCCUUUGCCAGUCUUCUGCAACAAACAGAGUUCUUUUCCUCACACAAGGUUGCAAUUUUCAUUGACGGCCUGGAUGAGUUUGAUGGAGACCAUGACAAGAUGACGAAGAUGCUUCGCAAUUGGAUAGAGAAAAGCUCGGGGAAUAUGAAAUUGUGUGUCUCAAGCCGAGAAUGGGAGGUUUUCCGACAGAGGCUGAUCAAUUGCCCCGGAAUUCGCCUCCAGGACAUCACGAGACGAGACAUUGAGGCGUACGUCAACAGCGUAUUAUCUGACAAUGAAGAGUUCAAGUCUUUGGCUUUGACACAGCCAAAAGUUCUGGAUCUCAUUGACAUCAUCAGAGAUAAAGCCGAAGGCGUGUUUCUUUGGGUCAAAAUUACCUUGAGCGGCCUUCAAGGGGGCCUUCUUUCCGGGGAGCGACUAGAAGACCUUGAGGCAAGACUCGACGAUUUGCCCGCGGGUCUUGAACAACUCUACGCGUCAAUACUUGGCUCCAUUUUGAAUGGGACCGAUUCCUACAAAGUGGAUAGAAUGAGGGCCAUGCGAAUGAUUCUACUUGCAGCGGAGACCGAAUAUUCCCCACGGCCCUUGCGGCUUACGGAAACUUGGUUCUUGAACGAUUACGAGAAAGACCCCAACUUUGCCUUGAAAUCUCCAAUUGCAGCCCUCGACAAAGGAGCAAGCGUUUACAGACAAGAUAGGGCCAGGCGGUCGGUUUAUCAACGGUGUAUGGGUCUUCUUGAGGUACACUCCAAUGAUUCGGAUCCUCGACCACGAUUGAUGAGGGGCGUGUGCAGGUUCGAGUUUAUGGGUUACCCCAAACAAAUCGAAUCACUUCAAGAGGAGGAGCGCGAAAUCAGCGCGAAAUUGAUUAGCGACAUUGAGAGCUGCCUCAAGAACGGCACCGCCCGAAUUCAUCGGGAAGGCAAUCUCGAGAUCAUCGACGAGGCUGAUGAUAUAUUCCUGCACACCCAUGCGUUUUACCAAGACUCUCAUAGGAUGAAUCAUGAGCAUCCGUCCAGUCAGGCUUCGUUAAGAGAAGCUUAG